AUGAAUAAAAUAAUUCUCAUUGUACUUUUAUUAUCAAUUGCCACCUCUGGAGCAUUUUGUUCAAUUUUCAAUACCGUAUGUAAACAAACUUGCAAAGAAAGUUACCAAUUAUGUGUUGCCGGUUUUGACUCGCCAGAUAUCUCAGUACCACUCGAAGUUUGUUCAGAAGCAUUGGGUACAUGUUUAUAUAACUGUAUCUUCCCUAUAGUUGAUCCCCCAACUCAAUCACCUGCAGUUCAUAAUUAA